AAUUAUAUUAUUAUUGUAAUUCCCGUUGAAUGAAUGUAUUUUUGUAUUGUAGUGCAAGUUUUUAAUUAAUUUAAGGAAUAAUGAUUUGUCGAUUGUGUUUAAAAGAUUUUGACGAUAUUAUAAACAUUUUUGAUAGCAAUGGCCAGGAGCUUAAUGUCGCCGAAGUUGUUGGUAAACAUUUUUGGUUUGAGCCUCGAAAAGAUGAUCCAAUUUCAACAUCAAUCUGCAAAAUGUGCUGGAUUAAGGUGUGUGAAUUUCAUGAAUUUUAUGAGAUGGUGGAACACGUACAUCGUCAUAUGACAGAAAGGUUUAUUGUGAAAACAGAAAGUGCUAAAGGAAAGCGUCGAUCGCCAUUGAACGUUAAUGAUCUCAUAAAUUACAGUUCAUUGCCAAGUAAACGUGAACCUGACGAUGAAUUUGAUGAACUUGGUGAAGUACCAUUCAAUAUGUUAAUAGAAGAUACCAUGGACGAGCCUGGUAAAACCGUAGCUAAAGCAGCAGCUAUUGCAUUAGGAGCAGAAGAUUCUCGUGAUAUUUUGUCCCAUCAUAAUUUCAGUCAAGACGAGUAUGAUAAUGACAUCGAUGACAAUAAUGCGUGUGAUGAGACUUACAAUGAAGAUGCAAAAUUUAAUAACAACAGUCACAGUCAUAACAGUGACAACGAUGAUACGUUCGAUGGAGAAGCUUUCAUGAAUAAUAUAUUAACAAACAAAAAUAAAGAGCCCGUAAAAAAUCAGGAAACGACCACAUCUUCAUUUAAAACAGACAAACGUAGAUCAACUAGAAAUUCUAACAAAGCGCAAUUGGACAAUACUGGAACAAAUAUUGAGUACAACACGACGAUUGAUUUAAAAAGAAGACGAGGGCGACCAAAGAAAGGCGAAAUUGUUGUGAAAUCUGAACGUUGCCAAAAACAACCUAAAGAAAAACUUAAUAAAACGGAAGAAGAACAAGAUGCAUACAAAGCUAAAAUGAAGGAAAUCGAUGAUCAAAUUGCUCAAUACAUGACCUUACACUGCGAGGUUUGCAAUUCGGAAUCGGACAAUUUUGCAGGAUUAAGAGCUCAUAUGCGCGAUGUGCACAACAUCAAAAAGGGUUAUGCAAAAUGUUGCAACAAGAAGUUCUUAAAAAGAGCACUUCUUUUGGAUCACAUACGUCAGCAUUUAGAUCCGGACUGUUACAGAUGUGAAGAAUGUGAUCGUACAUUUGCUGAUCGACAGUCAAUGCGGAAUCAUUUCCUAGUUAAACAUCAGAAAGAUGAAGAUAAAAUUUACGAAUGUUCUGUAUGUUCUAAGAAGUUUGUAAGAAAAUAUUUGCUAGAACAACACAAAAUGUUUGCCCAUCGGGAUCGGUCCACAACAUGCAAAUCUUGUAAUAGAAGAUUUAAUACAUUAGAAGAGUUGUAUGAGCACAAUAAACAACAUUGCAGCUAUGGCACAAUGUGUGAUAUAUGUGCCAAAGUCAUCCGGGGACCGGCCGCAUUUAAACGCCACCAGUUAGAACAUCAGGGUGUUACAAUGCCUAAAGUACAGUGCGAUUUAUGUGGUUCGUGGCAUAAGGAUAAAUACGCAUUAAAUAAGCAUAAAAAACGUCAUAUGGAAUCCAAACAACCUCAUGUUUGUGACAUAUGCCAUAAAGUAUCGCCCAGUCGCAGCGCUAUGCUAAGUCAUAAGCGCUACGUCCAUGGAACAGAACGUUCAUACGAAUGUGGCGUUUGCCGAAAAACGUUUAAGAAGCCAAUAUCAUUAAGGGAACAUAUGACCACACACACCGGAGAGGUUUUAUACAGGUGCCCACACUGCCCCAAAACAUUUAACUCUAAUGCAAAUAUGCAUUCGCAUCGCAAAAAAGUACAUCCGCGAGAAUUUGAGGAGACUCGAAAGUUACGUAAACAAAAUGCUCACCUAAUUGACCAACCAAUACCUACCAUAUCUGUGCUAAGCAACGCCAAAAAGGAAACACAAGCUCUGUUGGUAAUAGGUUCUGGGCAAAAUGAAGAAUCACAUCAUGUCCUAAUAACUACAAGUGCAAAUGAUGACUUUAGUGAAGAUGACGAUGUGACGGAUUUAUCAAAGGAAAAAAUUACUGUACUGUACAAAAAUUACAGCAUUAAUUAAAGGCGUAAAAGUGAUAUAUAAAUCUACUACACUAUUCCAAAA